UAAAAAAAAUGACUGGCACACAAGACAUUAUUUUGCACUGGUAUCCUGAAUCACCUUAUUCUCAAAAAGUUGCUUGGGUGUUGAACUACAAAAAAGUUGAAUACAGGACUGUAUUAUGUCAAAGAAUGGAACCUCGUCCACUUCGUCGUCCUCUUGAUGGUGGUUACAGAAAGACACCUAUUCUUCAAGUCGGUAAGCAUGUUUUCUGCGACACCAAAGCUAUCUUUAUGGAGAUUGAAAAACUUUUCCCCGAACCUAGUCUCUAUCCUAAGCUUUCUUCUACUGGUGCUUCCUCUGAAGCCCUUGCUAGAGGUUUGACUUUGUGGGCAGAUAACUCUCUCUUUCUCAAUGUUGUUUCUCAAUUACCCGCCAAAAAUUUGCCUGCUGAAUUCCUUGCUGAUCGUAGUGCUAUGUUGGGUAGAGAAAUUGAUGUCGACAAGUUAACAGCCGCUGCUCCUUUCAUGAAAGCAACUUUAUUGGCUGAAUUUGGUGUUUUGGAAAAGCUCCUUGAUGGAAAGAACUGGAUCUUGGAAACUGAAGCACCUUCUCUUAUCGACUUCAAUGCAGCCAUGAUGACUUUCUUUACAGUAAACUUGGUUGGUGAGAAAUGGGUUCAAGCAAACUUGAAGAUUAUGUUUGAACACAUGAGUAAGCUUAUGGGUGUUGCUGAUUGGGAAGGCACUGCAAAGCGUCCUGUCCUUACUGAAGAAGAAGCUAUUGAAGUUUUGAAACGUCAUGCUUCUGAUGAAGUAUCUCAAGACUUCAAGGUUCAUUCAAGUGGCCUUCCUAUUGAAUUAGGUCAACAAGUUUUGGUUAUGCCUUUGGAUACUGGCAAAGUUCCUGUUUAUGGUACACUUUUGAAGAGUACUAAGGAUGAGACUGUUGUUGAAUACAAUGAUCCUAACUAUGGGACUACUGCCUUUAUUCACUUCCCUGCUCUUGGUUUUGUUGUCUUGCCUAAGCCUAGCUCUGAUUAAAUUCAAUAAAACCAUUACAUUUUUGUAUAUACAAAAAACAAUAUGUUUAUUUUCAAUCAUGUAUAUAAAAAUUAGCUUCUUACAGAUUCCGAGUUUCUUCAAAAAC